AUGUCCGGGACCUGUUUGGUGGAAGCGGCCAUGUCGCGAGCAACUCGCCCACCCACCUUCCCAGUGAGCUUCCAACUCCUGAGCGUUGUGCUGGUGUUGCUCUUCCAUGCAGACGGCAUACACGCGGAGAGCCCCAGUGAAUUGCCUGUGAACGAUACCGAGGAGUGCGCUGGCUCGUACAUCUGCAAAAAGGGUGUGAUUUUGCCAAUAUGGGAACCCCAAGACCCCUCAUUCGGUGACAAAAUUGCUCGGGCAACAGUGUAUUUUGUAGCAAUGGUGUACAUGUUCUUGGGAGUAUCUAUCAUAGCUGACCGCUUCAUGUCCUCCAUCGAAGUCAUUACAUCCCAAGAGCGGGAAAUAACCAUCAAGAAACCCAACGGCGAGACCAGCAAAACCACGGUGAGGAUCUGGAACGAGACCGUUUCCAACCUCACGCUGAUGGCCUUGGGCUCGUCUGCCCCCGAGAUCCUCCUGUCUGUUAUCGAAGUGUGUGGCCAUGGCUUCACGGCAGGGGACUUGGGGCCAAGCACAAUUGUGGGGAGUGCUGCGUUUAACAUGUUUGUCAUCAUUGCGAUCUGUGUUUACGUUGUUCCGGAUGGAGAGAUAAGGAAGAUCAAGCACUUGCGAGUGUUUUUUGUUACAGCAGCCUGGAGCAUCUUUGCCUACACUUGGCUUUACAUUAUUUUAUCUGUGUCUUCUCCUGGGAUUGUAGAGGUUUGGGAAGGCUUGCUCACCUUCUUCUUCUUCCCCAUCUGUGUGGUGUUUGCCUGGAUAGCUGACAGGAGGCUGUUAUUUUACAAGUACGUCUACAAGAAAUACCGAGCUGGCAAGCAGCGAGGCAUGAUCAUUGAGCACGAGGGUGACCGGCCCUCCUCCAAAGCUGAUAUCGAGAUGGACGGAAAGGUUGCCAAUUCUCAUGUGGAGAACUUUUUGGAUGGGACGCUGGUGUUGGAGGUGGAUGAGAAAGACCAGGAUGAUGAGGAAGCCAGGAGGGAAAUGGCUCGGAUCCUGAAGGAGCUGAAACAAAAGCACCCCGACAAGGAAAUUGAACAGCUUAUAGAGUUGGCCAACUACCAGGUCCUGAGCCAGCAGCAGAAGAGCAGGGCCUUUUACCGCAUUCAGGCCACUCGGCUCAUGACAGGAGCUGGCAACAUCUUGAAGAGACAUGCUGCAGACCAGGCCCGCAAAGCUGUCAGCAUGCACGAGGUCAACAGUGAGGUGGCAGAAAAUGAUCCCAUCAGCAAGCUCUACUUUGAGCAGGGUACCUACCAGUGUCUGGAGAACUGUGGCACUGUCGCCCUGACCAUCAUUCGCCGGGGAGGUGACUUGACCAACACGGUGUACGUUGACUUCCGGACAGAGGAUGGGACGGCCAAUGCCGGCUCUGACUAUGAGUUCACUGAAGGGACAGUGGUCUUCAAGCCCGGAGAGACCCAGAAGGAAAUCCGUGUUGGCAUAAUUGACGAUGACAUAUUUGAGGAGGACGAGAACUUCCUGGUCCAUCUCAGCAACGUCCGCGUGAGCACUGAGGCCUCAGAUGAGGGCAUUCUUGAGGCCAGCCGUGUCUCAACACUUGCCUGCCUGGGUUCACCAUCUACUGCCACCGUCACCAUCUUUGACGAUGACCAUGCUGGCAUCUUCACCUUUGAGGAACCAGUAACGCAUGUCAGUGAAAGUGUGGGGACCAUGGAAGUGAAAGUGUUGCGAACCUCUGGUGCUCGAGGAAAUGUUAUUGUGCCGUACAAAACCGUUGAAGGCUCAGCCAAAGGUGGAGGAGAGGACUUUGAAGACACGUGCGGGGAGCUGGAGUUCCAGAACGAUGAGAUAGUGUAAGUGAAGGUUUUAUUUGUUACUUACAGUCUCUAG